AUGGAUUUCUCCCCGAUCCUCCGGCAGUUCCAGGACCGCAAACGUCUGGACGAGGAGUUGAGCGAGGGGCUCCGAGAGGAGAUGCACAAGCUGCGCCGGGACUGUGACAUGGGUGAGGUCAAGCAGAUGCUGGAGCAGGUGGAUUCCAGCAGAAUGCUCCGGGCCAUCCGUGAGUGCAAGGUGUCCUCUGAUGAUCUCGCACCCAUCCUAGAAGAGGUCCGGCGCUUGGCAGAGGAGGUGCGGCAAGCUCGGACCAACAGGGAGGCGCAGCAAGCGCAAACUGCUCUGCAGGACGAGGUGAGCAGCGUAAAGAUGGAGCUGAGGUCUGCAAACCGCGACGUCUCCGUGGCCCUCUCCGCCAUCAAGGACGGCCAGAUCGGAAUCGACCAGGUCUGGAAAGAGUUCAGCGUCUUGAAAGAGGCGCUGAAGCAGAUGAGCCAACAGGCCACGACUUCCUCCGACCUACCGGCUGCUUUCCACGAGGCAGUUGACGAAAUCCGCAGCGUACGCACCGCAGUUGCCUCCAUGACCAGCACUGUGCUAGAGGCAGUGGAUCUUGCUCCCAUGAUCUCAGAGAUCCAGGCCGUGCGGAGCAAGGUCGAAGUCUCCUCCGCAUUGAAGAGACAGGGCGACCAGAUGACGAAGUCGGACUUUGCCAUUGCCUUAGAGGAGCUGCGCGGUCACUUCUCGCUGCUGCUGAACUCCUUCCGCGAGGUUUGCGACCAGUCUAAUGCUGGGCCAUCAUCUCGGACCUGUGAGCAACUUCUGCAGAGCAUGCGGGACCAGAGGAAGUUGGUCGUCGCGCCCGAGGAGCCGUUGUCUGACCUUCGCCAAAAGCUUCGGGACACUCAGUCAGUGCUCGGGCAGGCCGGUACGCGCUACGAGGAGGCGAUGAUGCGCGCCAAAGCAAGCGCCAGGAUGUCUCCGGAAUGUCAGGCGGAGCCGAUCGUAACGCCGUGGGAGCCCAUAGCCCGGGAGCCCGUGGCGCGGGAGCCCGUGGCCCCGGGAGAGCCCAGGACGCAAGAGGCCAGUGCGGCCAAAUCUUCGAACUUUGCAAAUGUUUCAUUCCGGGGCUGA